AUGGCCCGUUUUGUAGGUUUCGUGCUAAAUACAUCGCUUCCUUCACUUCCUCUGCCGCUACUUUCGGCUUACUCGUCCAUCGCUCCUCCAUCUCCAGCAGAGACUGUGGCAAUGAGUGAAGAUGAUGGGAAUCUUAGGAGAUGUGGGCGAAGUAGUUUUUCGCAAGAGCAGCUUGAACUCUUAGAAUCCUCAUUUACCAAAGAGCCAUACCCGAGUAUAGCUCAACGCUUGGAGUUGGUCAAGAAGACGCAGCUACCAGAGGCAAGAAUUCAGGUACUGUCAAUUUGAUU